AUGUUACCCGUACGCAUCUAUGCCAAUGCUUCUCGACACGUCGGAUGCAAGGUAAUUUCACUUACCCGACGAGCCCUACCAAUUGCCUCGAAAAAUCGAUUUCAGAAUCCGACAUCAUGUGACCAAACAAGAAGCCUAUCGACAUCUACCACACUACCAACACAUCCUGAAGUGAUAUUUUCUGGUAUCCAACCGACAGGUGUACCACACCUUGGAAACUACCUCGGGGCACUAAAGCAAUGGGUCGACCUCCAAAACUCGGCCCCACCAUCCACGGAGCUACUGUAUUGUGUGGUAGAUUUACAUGCGAUUACGCAGCCGCAGGACCCUCAUGAUCUUCGACGGAGACGGCAUGAUACGAUGGCCAUGUUGUUGGCUGUUGGGUUGAAGGCUGAACGAUGUGUAAUAUUCGAACAGUCGAGGGUUGCAGCGCAUUCACAGCUUAUGUGGGUCUUGAGUACAUUAGCACCGACCAAUUUAUUGGCAAGACAGACGCAGUGGAAGUCAAAACUAGCUGAAAGCGAAGAUAGGUCACCGUUAGACCCUGAUGGGUCUUCGAAGUUGAAGUUGGGACUUUUCUCCUAUCCAGUGCUUCAGGCGGCUGAUAUACUGUUAUACGGGACAACAUUGGUACCCGUUGGCGAGGAUCAGGUCCAACAUCUAGAGUUGGCUCGAAGUCUGGCGGGUAAAUUCAAUAGGACUUUUGGAAAGAUUUUGGUGGUGCCGAGGGUUAAGCUGGCCCCAGCCAAGCGUGUCAUGUCACUCACAAAUCCAACUUCCAAAAUGUCAAAAUCAGGCACUGUCAAUUCUCAAAUAAACCUUGAUCAUUCCGAGUCCGAAAUAAGGCUUAGGAUCCGGGGUGCUUUGACAGAUAGUAUUUCUGGUAUCAGCUAUGAUAGAGAAGCUAGACCGGGUGUGUCUAAUCUGAUCGAGAUGAUGGGUAAUAUGACGAAUAGAGACGAUUUUGAAGUCAUUGCCCAAGAGUGUGAAGGAUUGAACAUGAAAGAGUUUAAGGAUAGAGUUGCGGACAGUGUUGUAGAAGGGCUGAAAGGUAUCAAAGGGGAGUACGAAAGGGUCAAAGGAGAUGCUAGUUAUUUAGAGGAAGUAUCUAGGAUUGGGGCGGAGAAGGCGAAUAAGAGGGCGAAUGAAACCCUUGGGAGGGUUAUGGAGGCUAUGGGGAUGGGAGUCGGUCCUAAGCCUUCUAGCCCAUGA